AUCAACCGACGCUGAUAACUAAUGGCAGAUCAUAACAAUUUAUUAAGUAAACAAUUACGAAAAAUAUGCUUUCACGAUUUGCUUAUCACAGUACUGACUUCCGAGCACCGUGAGAAUGAAGCUACUUCUAGAAUUAUGUUUAUUUUUAGCGGGGACGUAUGGAUCAUCCAUUGCAUAUCCACAAGAAAUCGAACCACAGUUCGGCUGUUCAGAGACGGACAUCGAUGGAGCAUGUCACAUCAAAGAGCUCACGAUAGAUUCCACCGAUUCCCAUGAUGGAUCAUCCUUUCCGGAAGUAUCUGUGCUUUACCUGGAUAAAUGCAAAUUCGAUAUCUUCUCUCCACAAAUAGCCGACAAAGUCCAUAACACCACCGAGAGUCUGUUCAUCUUGGAUGGACACGUCCCGAAAGUGUACCUCAAGCCAACGCUCAAAUUCUUCACCGAUCUACGCGCCGAAACAGUUGAAAUUCUAAUCGACCCGUUCGACAAUAUCCAGUUGGAACUUUUCGACGUCGAAGGACUACUUCGUGCUAUUCCGAAGAACGUUCGACACUUGAAAAGUCUCGUCACCUUGGAUCUGUGCGAAAAUGAAAUCGAACAGUGCGAUCUAAACCAGCUGAAAGGGCUAGAACGACUGAGAAAGGUGAAUUUGGGUCACAAUCGGAUCGGCUCGGUUACCACCACGGGUAAAGUGAAUCUCCCCAAUCUGGAAGAGUUGUUUCUUCACGAUAACCAGAUGGAAGCGCUGGAUCUAACUGAUCUGAAAGCAGAUCGUUUGAAGCGAUUGUAUUUAUCACAAAAUCAUUUGGUUAGAAUCGAUGGAUUUCCAGAGAGAUAUAAGCAGCUACAACGGGUGGAUUUGUAUCAGAACAAAUGGGACUGUGAGUGGUUGGAAGGGACGUUGGAUGCUUUGAGAGAUGCUGAGGUGGAAAUUUUAAGUUUUUUGCCGGGGAAGGUAUGCGACGAGAGAGGAAGCGUCAAAGUCACCGUCAUCGAAUGUCAACGGAUCACAUCCUAGUCUUAAAUCUGAGCUGUCUGAAACUUAUAUCGUGGAUUAGUUUCAUAUAAAAUAAUUAUGUAGUGAGACCAAAUAAUUGUGUACUGAAAGGAAUUACAUUUUAAUCAAUUACGAUAAAAAAAAAUCAUCCAUCACCGCAUUUCUAAAUUUCUUUCACAUUAAGCAUAGUUUUUCAUUUACAUAAUACUUAAAAGCAAUUUCUAAAAUACAGCUAAUGAGAUUUGUUAAAACAAACGCAACAAGGCACAACAAACUGAUAUCCACCAUAGGUGACUGCUGUAAUUGGCAAUUUAAACGAAGCACACUCACAGAGAGAGCAUAGAAAAACAACUUGACAAACACGUAACAAAGUCAAACAGUUCAACAGAAACAGCUGUAAGUAGUUUGGGGUGUUAAUCUGGGUGGCACCUAACUCGCACUCUAGCCUUUCUCGUUAGUGCACUGUCACGGUAAAUUCCAUUCAUCUCACCGGCGAGGGCCACGCUGGAACCGACGUUGCGGGCCAGUUGGCUCGGUUUGUGCCGGAUGCAGCAGCACAGCUGCUGGAGCCCCGGCACUCCGUGCAGCACCAGGAUGAAUCCGGACCGGAAGCGGGCGUUCAUGUAGCAGUAGAUGAUCGGAUUGUAGCAGCUGUGCGACAUGGCCAGCCAGUGGAAGGCGAACCACACGUACGGCAGCAGGUCCCAGCUGUCGUCCACGUUCACGAUCUGUUGGAUGAAGGAGGAUUUGGUGGAACAAU